AUGAGGUUCUGUCUGUCCGGGGUGCUCUUCCUCCUGCUGAUCUCAUUGCCUCUAGGGGACAGUGUCUUUGGAAAUGACGGAGUGGACGUUCCAUUUUGUCGUACGCUUGGUGGCAGGUGUUUUCUGGGCUGUAGAGCUGGAUGGAAAUGGGUUUCCUUCUGUUACAGCUUACUUUCUUGUUGCACAGAGUUGAAGAAACACAAACCGCCCCAGGUCAAAGAGCACUACUGA